AGAUAAUUAAGAUUUUGUUAAGAAAAGGUUAAGAAAACGGGUUAAUAUGGUUGACCAAAUUCUUGCCGAAUUUGCAACGGGAUAUGCGCUUUUUGAGGUUAUUCAAGCAGAGGCAAUUGGAGCAAAACUGAAGGAAGUUCAAGAGGCAUCGCAAGAUCUUUCAAAGUUUGGAAAAUUUGUUAAACUGAGGAGUUUUUUGCCUUACAGAGAUGCAGCUAAUGCACUUGAGAAUAUUAAGGAUAUAUCAGAUGGAUUGAUGAAUGAAAACUUGAGGACGUUUCUUGAGAUGAAUCUUCCUAAAUUUGGGAAGAAAGGACGUUUAGUACUUGGAGUAUCAGAUAAGAAUCUUGCAGGAGAGAUUCGAGGGAAAUUUAAAGGGAUUGAAUGUGAUACAUCGGAGAUUACUCAAGAUUUAUUACGAGGAAUUCGUUUUCAUAGUGGAAAAUUGUUAAAACAACUACAACCGGGAGAUCUUGAGAAAGCACAACUUGGACUUGGUCAUUCGUAUUCUCGGGCAAAAGUGAAAUUUAAUGUGAAUAAGGCAGAUAAUCAUAUAAUCAAUGCAAUUGCAGUGAUGGAUCAGCUUGAUAAAGGUAUUAAUACAUUUUCUAUGCGUGUAAGGGAAUGGUAUGGAUGGCAUAUGCCGGAACUUGUGAAAUUUGUAAAUGAUAAUUAUCAAUAUGCAAAGUUAGCAAUUUAUAUUGGAAAUAAAAGAUCGCUUUCUCAGGAUAAUUUUCAAGAUAUAGUGGCAAUUAUGAAUAAUGAUUUAGUUGCAGCUCAAAAUAUUAUUAAUACAGCACGUAUUAGUAUGGGACAAGAUAUAUCUACUGUUGAUAUGGAAAAUAUAGUGAUAUUUGCACGAAAAGUAGUAAAUCUUGUGGAUUAUAGGAAAAAAUUAUAUAAAUAUCUUGUUAAUAAAAUGAAUACGGUGGCACCCAACCUUACAAAACUCAUAGGAGAGGUAAUUGGAGCAAGAUUAAUUUCACAUGCAGGAAGUCUUACAAAUUUGUCUAAAUAUCCAGCAUCAACGGUUCAAAUUUUGGGAGCCGAAAAAGCGUUAUUUCGAGCUUUAAAGACUAAAGGAAAUACACCGAAAUAUGGAAUAAUAUAUCAUUCUUCAUUUAUUGGACGUGCUGAACAAAGAAACAAAGGACGUAUAUCACGUUUUUUGGCAAAUAAAUGUGCAAUUGCUAGUAGAAUAGAUAAUUUCACAGAAAUACCUACUACAAGAUUUGGGGAAGCUUUAAAAAAACAAGUAGAAGAGCGUUUAUCAUUCUAUGAAUCAGGAACUGCUCUUACGAGAAAUAGUAUAGCUAUGAAACAGGCAAUAGAUUUGGUUUUAUCUGAAAAUAUUUCACAAAAUAUAUCUGAAAAAGAUAAAAAAAAUCAAGAAAAGAGUAAAGAUAAAAAGAAAGAAGAUAAAGAAAAGAGUAAAGAUAAAAAGAAGGAAGAAAAGAAGGAAGAAAAGAAGGAAGAAAAGAAGGAAGAAAAGAGGGAAGAAAAGAAAAAGAAAGAGAAAGAGAAAGAGAAAGAAGAAAAAAAAGAGAAAAAGAAAGAUAAAGAUAAAGAAGAAAAAAAAGAAAAAAAGAAAGAGGAAAAGAAAGAGAAGAAAGAAAAGAAGAAAGAUGAAAAGAAAGAUGAAAAGAAAGAGGAAAAGAAAAAAGAAAAAGAGAGUAAAGGAAAAAGGUCAAGAGAUGACGAGGGAGAAAUAAAAUCGUCAAAAAAAAAGAAAAAAGAAGAUAAAAAUAAAUAA